AUGUAUCUAGCUAUAAUAAUCUUACCACUAUUAGGAUCAAUAGCUUCUGGUUUUUUUGGUAGAAAAAUCGGAGUAUCAGGAGCACAAAUAAUUACAUGUACAGCUGUUGUUACUACAACAAUAUUGGCUGUUUUAGCUUUCUUUGAAGUUGGGUUAAAUAAUAUACCUGUAUCCAUAGAGGUAUUCAGAUGA